UCUUUGUGGCACAAUUGCCCAACAACACCGACGACAACGGUCUCAAGUCUCUCUUCACCGACGUCGGUCUGACGGUCACAAGCUCAAAAGUGAUCGUCUACAACUCUGGUCCCAACAAGGGCAAAUCUCGCGGCUACGGCUUCGUUCAUGUAGCCGAUGAAGCUCAACAAAAGAAGGCCAUCGAGAAGCUUCACGACAAGGACAUCGACGGUCGUCCUGUUCAAGUCAAGGUCGCAGUCGACAAGGAUGCCCAGCCUAACGGCGCUGCAGAAGACGGCGAGCCCGCUUCUACCGUGCUCGCAAGUUAAUGCUCAAAAAUGAAUUGAAAUGUUGUCUCAAGGCAAGCACGUCUUCAUGUUUACUGCUCGCGCAGAUUUGCUUCUGAGAGCGCGCUGAUCCGACCAUGUAAGCUUGGACCCUUCCCUCUACAAUUCCUCGGCUUUUCGUCCCUUGGCUGCAAGAUGAAGCUCAUCUCCUGCGUUGCCUUGCUUUUCGUCUCAACGACUAUCGCAGCGCCGCUCGAGAAUCUCCCACAGCUCGACGCCAUCAGUUCUCGCAUUCGAGAUCAUGCAAGGUUGGCCAUGGCAGCUUACGGUGAUCCGCAAACCAACUGCACCUUCCCUGGUUUCCAAGUCAUUACGUCCUUCGACAGCGAUCUAGAUCAAGGCGGAUACAUUGCUCUCCUGCCAUCAAGGCGGGAAGUUGUCAUUGUCUUCAGAGGCUCGUCAUCAGUCGAGAAUUACGCAGCUGAUCUUGCAAUCAAGCCGCUCCCUUUCGAUCUGCCGGGGUGUACGGUCAAUUGCUCUGCUCAUGCAGGCUCACUCGCCAAUUUUGUCUCAGCCCAGGCUGCCACUCAGGGCUUCAGGCAAGCCCUUAGCGCCGCAGCCGAGAGUCAAUACCAGAUUGCUAUCAUAGGACAUUCUCUGGGAGCAGCAGUAGCCUCGAUUGCUGCAUUGGGCUUCAUCGCUGCGCGUGUGCCGAUCGUGCUCUCUACUUUUGGUCAAUUUCGGACGGUCUCGCCUAAUGCUGCCAAGCUGCUCUCCAGCCUAGGCAACAAUGCUGCCCGCACAGUACAUGAUCUUGAUAUCGUGCCUGGCCUCAUCGCAGAAUCUGAUGACUAUUCGCACUGGAGCCCCUCAUACUUCAUGGGAGACCUGCCGUUCGAUGCGCCACUCAUCAUGCCCUGCCUAUCCCAAGACGGCUUUCCUUGUUCAGGUGGCCUAAGUAUCAAAGAUCAUUCACAUUAUGUUGUACAGACGGGCUCCUGCUAGUUCCAAUUUAUUACAUUGUUCCUACA